UUCCAAAACAAUAACAACAAAGAUGGCGGUGGAAAUCGAGUCGGCCGAUGUUGUGCGUUUGAUUGAACAGUACCUGAAAGAAAACAAUCUUCUAAAAACACUUACAGUGUUACAGGAAGAAAGUGGUAUAUCUCUCAACACAGUAGACUCUGUAGAUGGAUUUAUCUCAGAUAUUACCAGUGGUCACUGGGACACUGUUCUUCAGGCCAUUCAAUCACUCAAACUGCCAGACCAGAAACUAAUUGAUCUUUAUGAGCAGAUUGUGUUAGAGUUGAUAGAGCUUCGGGAACUGGGAGCGGCCAGGUCACUUUUACGUCAGACAGAUCCAAUGAUUAUGUUAAAACACAACCAGGCUGAUAGAUAUAUACAUUUAGAGAACAUGCUUGCCAGGUCCUACUUUGACCCCAGAGAGGCCUACCCUGAAGGACAGACAAAGGAGAAAAGACGAACAGCUAUAGCUCUUGCCCUGUCAGGAGAGGUAAAUGUUGUACCACCUUCCCGUUUGUUGGCCUUGCUAGGUCAGGCACUAAAGUGGCAACAACAUCAAGGUCUCUUACCCCCAGGAACAACUAUUGAUGUGUUCCGAGGAAAGGCAGCGGUCAAAGAACAAGAAGAAGAAAAAUACCCUACACAGCUUAACAAAACUAUUAAGUUUGGUCAGAAAGCUCACAUUGAGUGCGCCAAGUUCUCACCAGACGGUCAGUAUCUGGUUACUGGCUCAGUUGAUGGGUUCGUAGAGGUGUGGAAUUUUACCACGGGAAAAAUUAGAAAAGAUUUACGGUACCAGGCACAGGAUAAUUUUAUGAUGAUGGACGAUGCUGUAUUAUGUAUGUGUUUUAGCCGAGAUUCUGAAAUGUUAGCGACCGGGGACCAAGGCGGUAAAAUUAAGGUUUGGAAGAUAUUGACUGGACAGUGUCUACGCAAGUUUGAAAGAGCUCAUGCUAAAGGAGUUACAUGUGCAAAUUUCUCUAAAGAUAAUGGCCAACUUCUGAGUGCCUCAUUUGACCAAACUAUCAGAGUGCAUGGCCUAAAGUCAGGAAAAACUUUAAAAGAGUUCACAGGUCAUGGGUCUUUUGUAAAUGACGCUGUGUUCACACAAGAUGCACACCAUGUGAUCAGUGCCAGUUCAGAUGGAACUAUAAAAGUAUGGAAUUUCAAAACACAAGAAUGCCAGUCAACAUUUAAAUCAUUUGGUGGUCAGGCUGGCACAGAUAUUACAGUGAACAGUAUACACCCACUACCUAGAAAUGCUGAACAAUUUGUGGUGUGUAACCGUAGUAACACGGUGGUUAUCAUCAAUAUGCAGGGCCAGAUUGUAAGAAGUUUCUCAAGUGGUAAGAGAGAAGGUGGAGAUUUUAUAUGUUGUACAAUAUCACCGCGUGGAGAGUGGAUCUAUUGUGUGGGAGAAGAUAUGGUUUUAUAUUGCUUCAGUAUUUCUACUGGUAAACUGGAGAGAACUCUCACUGUUCACGAGAAAGAUGUUAUAGGUAUAAGCCAUCAUCCACAUCAAAAUCUCCUGGCUACAUACAGUGAGGAUGGUUUACUGAAACUCUGGAAGCCCUGAUUUAUGUAUCUGAUCCUCACAUGUACAUCACAAGACAUUCAUAGACUUUUUCAUUUCUUAUAAACGUUCACGUUGAUCAUGUAAAAUAGCAGCAACAGUUGUCUGUGUCAAUUUUUAACCAGGUUUUCCGAAGUUAACCAGGUUUUCCGAAGGAAAAAACUGGUUAUUAGAUUGAGGUAUGUCGGCGGGCGGGCGGGCGGGCGGGCGUAAACAAUUUCUUCUGUGCGCAACUCCUCCUACAUUUCUCAACGGAUUUUGACCAAACUUUCACAGAAGCUUUGUCAUCAAGUGCCCUGGCGCAUAUUGUCGGGGUUUUGCGAUAAGAUAAUAUUUGACCUAAUUAUGGCCCUUUGUUUUUUUUUUCCUUAUAUAAAAUAUAUAGUGAACAAUUUCUUCUGUGCGCAACUCCUCCUACAUUUCUCAACGGAUUUUGACCAAACUUUCUCAGAAGCUUUGUCAUCAAGUGCCCUGACACAUAUUGCCAGGGUUUUGCAAUUGGUAUAUAUUUGACCUAAUUAUGGCCCUUUGUUUUUUUUCCUUAUAUAGAAUAUAUAGUGAACAAUUUCUUCUGUGCGCAACUCCUCCUACAUUUCUCAACGGAUUUUGACCAAAACUUUCUUAGAAGCUUUGUUAUCAAGUGCCUGGCACAUAUUGUCGGGGUUUUGUGAUUGGAUAAUAUUUGACCGAAUUAUGGCCCUUUGUAUAUUUUUUCCUUAUACAGAAUAUAUAGAGAACAAUUUCUUCUGUGCUCAACUCCUCCUACAUUUCUCAACGGAUUUUGACCAAACUUUCUUAGAAGCUUUGUUUUCAAGUGCCUGGCACAUAUUGUCGGGGUUUUGUGAUUGGAUAAUAUUUGACCGAAUUAUGGCCCUUUGUAUAUUUUUUCCUUAUACAGAAUAUAUAGUGAACAAUUUCUACAGUGCGCAACUUCUCCUACAUUUCUCAAUGGAUUUUGACCAAACUUUCACAAAAGCUUUGUCAUCAAGUGCCCUGGCGCUCACUAAAUUCCCAUGUUUCUUCCAAGACAUCAUUCAAGUAUUUUUUUAAAAUUGUGAACAUACUUUUCUUGAUAUCGCACAAAACACCACACGCCAAUAUUGUUGACAAAAGAAAAUGACAAGAGACGCAAAAAUGCAAAAAUUAAGCAAAAAUAAAGUACUGUUUACCUUUCUAAAACAUUUGGGAAAAAAAGGCGAAUAGACAACAUAAAAUUUCUCAAUCAUUUUUGUUUGAGGAAUAUUAAAAAAGCCAUAAUUUCUCCUAAAAGUUCAAUUAAAAACAAAUGCCCCUUCAUGACAAAGCUUCUGUGAAAUAUUUUGCUGAAAACCUGGUUGCAUCGCAUUGCGAUGUUCCUUGUUACUUUUUAUUUUGCUUCCAGAAAAUAUUUCAGUGGAGUACAUGUAUAUAGUUACAUGUGUGUUCUUUCCUUUAAGUCCUUUGAUCACAUGUGCUUACUCUAUGUAAGUUAAGAGUCAUAAGAAAGAUUUAAUGAUCAUUUAUUGACUAAUAUCUUGGAUUUUUUGAAGUGUGUUGAUCUGUAACUCUUUGAAUUUGUCUCAGAGGCGAUUCAGUCAAUGUUACUGAUGCAAAUAACAGAUAUUUUUUUUAACUUUUCCAAAUAAAAAGGCCAUAGUUAUCACUUUUUUAUACCAACAUCAGGGAGUCUUACAUGGGUCUUACAGAUAUUUUUGUGCAACUUUAGAGAUUUCAGUGACAAGUGGUGUAAAACUUGCUUCACUUAACACAGUCUAUAGUGACCUACUUUUAGAAGACUUAUUUUUAGCUCGACUAUUUGAAGAAUAGGGAGAGGUACUGUACUUGUCCUGACGUCACCUUCACAGUUUGGUAUCUCCAAAACAAUUGAAGGGAAUGGGUUGAAACAUCACACAUUUGCUCUCUCUCUCUCUGUGAUUAUAUAACAUGUAUCUACACAGGUCCUGUAAGUCUGAGUUAAAAGUUACACUUUUUACAGAGUUAUGCCCCAUUUCGUACUGUCAAUCACUAAGAAUAGCACUGUCCUAAGGACAGCUGUUGUUUAAGCCAUUCUACAGCAUAAAGAGAAUAGUACAGCUUCAUAUUGAGUAUACAUGUAUGGAGAAAACAACUAAUUUUGUUGCAAAACAUUGUAGUCGGAUUUAUGUUUAUAUGCAAAUACUGUGACUUGGGGAAAUUUAUGUUGAUGAAAUACUUUUUGAUUAAAAAAAAUGAACUACAAAUGUAUUUUUAUCUGUAACAAUAGGUUUAGCUUGUUGUACUGAUAUAAACUUAUAUUCUCGAACUGUUAAUGAUCGUUUAAUCAUUGCUAAGCCAUAAUUACAAAUUUAUAACACUUCUAAAAUGCUUACUUUGGUUAAAAUUGAAUACAAAAUAUAUUGUCCACUUCAGCCAUGUAUAUAACUGAUAUAAACAUCAUGACUAUCCAAUGAAAAUCAUGUUUACAAAUGUGCAUUGUAAUAAAUCUUUUAAUAUGUCAUUACGGUCAUUAAAGUGUUCAUAAAUUA